CCGAAGCAAAAGCUUAUGCACGGUGGUGCACAAUGGUAGGUUACUCUCGAUGGUCGUCGUCAACCUAAAAUCACGCAAUAGCAUAACGCCAUCCUCAUCACUUACCUGGUGAAUCGUGUGCGCUGGCUUUGCAAUAUAAGCUUUGUAUGCGUGCUGUGCGAACCCUUAGGUUGUUUUUCUUCAUUUCGAGUCAGCGUGCUAUCAUGGGUUUCACACUUAUCCACAGUCAUGCUGAACCCGUUAGCUCAGAGUCACAGCGCCCCCUACUAGAUAUUGGUCUCGUGACUGAUGGCACUGAGUCUGAGCAUGACUCGGACGAUCUAGACGCCGACCUCGGGGCCAUCAAAACUGAGCGUGACCCUCACGAGCUCCCCACGUUCAAUUCUAAAAGUCUCACAAAGCCCCCAUGUCCCGUCCUCUAUCUACCUCCGCUACUUUCUUCUCCACCUCACGAGCUCGGGGUACUACUGCAUACAUCACUAGAACAGCAGCCGAUGCUCUCCGAUACCCGUCUACCUGAUAUAGACCCCGCAUUGCUGUCGUUGCACAAAGCUUUGCAUCAUUUCCGUCCGGCGACUCCGUAUUACGCUGAAGUACCAUACGACGAAGCUUUCAAUUGGACAGAGCUUGAACCCUCGGAAAACGAGGAGCGUGAUUGGUAUUGUGUUGCUUUUCGCAGCAAGCGAUUACCUGGGAGUGAAACCCUCUAUGAUGCCGACAAGUUAGCUCACGAGGAGGCGGUGCUUAAUGGUGGUCUUAUCAUGUAUUGGUAUGGUGUGCCAGAUCCAGAUCCAGACAUGAACCUUGCAACGUGCAUCUGGCAGUCCCGGAAACAUGCAGUGGCUGCCAACUCCCGCCCGCGCCAUAUCCAUAUAUAUUCUCUGGAGCGAUACAAGCUGCGAAAGUCACAGGGAGAACGUGGGGUGACCAUCGAACCGUUUGACGGUGCUGAAGUUGUUUGGUAAUUCUCCAAUACCAGCUUUCUUGGAUUUAUAUACCCUCGCAAUACUUUCAUUCCAUAGAAUACGUCUAACUUAGACUU